AAGAAAGAGAAAGAUACAUGCAGUAAAGAUGAGACAGCAGUGCCAAAACUUCCAGUCCCACCACUGCAACAGACCUUACACAUGUACCUACAGUGCAUGAAACACUUGGUGCCAGAGGAGCAAUUCAGAAAGACCAAGGUCAUUGUGGAGCAGUUUGGAAUUGCAGGAGGCCUAGGGGAAUCCUUGCAGCAAAUCCUCGAGGAAAGAAGGGAAAAGACAACGAACUGGGUGUUUAACUACUGGCUGGAUGACAUGUACCUCAACAACCGGCUAGCUCUUCCAGUCAAUUCCAGCCCAGCAAUUAUCUUUGCUCGUCAGUAUUUCAAGGAUGUAAAUGACCAGCUGAGGUUUGCCGCCAAUCUCAUUUCAGGAGUGCAAGACUAUAAAGCUUUACUGGACACCCAUGCUUUACCUGUUGAUUUUGCUCGUGGACAGCUGUCUGGUCAUCCUCUCUGUAUGAAGCAAUACUAUGGACUCUUUUCUUCCUAUCGUCUUCCAGGACAUACCAAAGAUACCCUCGUGGCCCAGAAAAGCAGUGUAAUGCCAGAACCAGAGCAUAUCAUUGUUGCUUGUAACAAUCAGUUUUUUGUUUUGGAUGUUGUCAUUAAUUUCCGUCGUCUCAGUGAGGGAGAUCUUUUCACUCAGUUACGAAAGAUAGCCAAAAUGGCAGAGAAUGAAGAGGAAAUGCUGCCUCCAAUUGGCCUGCUGACAACAGACGGAAGAACAGAAUGGGCAGAGGCCAGGACGAUCCUUAUGAAAGACUCUACUAACCGCGACUCUCUUGACAUGAUUGAACGGUGCAUAUGCCUGGUGUGCCUGGACAGCCCAAGCGGGGUGGAACUCAAUGAUACAAACAUGGCAUUGCAACUGCUACAUGGGGGAGGCUACCAUAAAAACGGGGCCAAUCGCUGGUAUGACAAGCCUAUGCAG